AUGACAGAGUCUGCUCACCACCAUCGACCUACGCUGAAGCAGAAAAACAAGUCCUUCAAGUCGAAACAUGCUACCAAAAGCUCGUUGAAAGAGAUUGCGAAAGGACGUACGCAACGCCAAUCUCCCAAGGCGCGCGCGGCCAAUGCUGCUGCCGCGCAGCUCCGCACCAACCGCCGUAAUAGCGCGAAGCAAGUCCAGCUUAAGAAACGCCAGAGCCUCGUGUCGGCCACCCGCAUUUUCAGCGGGACAGACGGCGCACCUCGGAUAGUUGCCAUCGUCCCCCUCACCGAAGACGUCAGCACACGGGAUGUGAGCGCGCGGCUCGCGCAGGCGAUCGAUACGGCGCUCGAGGAGGAUUCCGCGACCGGUUUGCAGAAACUCAGAGCGGACCGUUUCAAGACCUCCGCGCAGUUCAUCCCCCUUCCAUACAGGCAACUAUAUGCCACCCUGGAUGCGUGCAAGGUCGCAGACUACGUGAUUUUCGUCCUUUCACCUAACGUCGAAGUCAACCAGUGGGGCGACACGCUCCUCCGCACGCUGCAGGCCCAGGGCCUCCCGGAGGUGAUCACCGUCGUCGCCUCCGACGAGCCUAUGGAAGCGAAAGAAAAGUCCGGCGUCAUGAAGUCGCUCCUAUCCUUCAUCCAAUAUUUCGUGCCCAGCCAGAUGAAAAUAUACGACAUGCACCAUGCUGCAGAUGCGCUCAACGCCGUGCGCGCGCUCUGCGAGGGGAAGCCGUCGGACGUCAAAUGGAGGGAGGGCCGCUCGUACAUCCUCGGCGAGAAGGUCGAGUGGACUGAGGACGGUGUAUUCAGCGUGACCGGUGUUGUGCGCGGGGCACAUCUGUCUGCAAAUCGACUUGUGCACAUCCCGAACCAUGGGGACUUCCAGAUUGUCAAGAUCCUGUCUGCACCUCUGCCUCGAAUCACCAAGUCCGGCGCCGCGGCGACUAUGGACAUCGAGCCGCAGCAACUCGCUGUGCCCGAUCCCGAAGACGCCGAUUCACUGGUAUCGAGCAACGACCCCGACGACAUGGCAAACGAGCAGACAUGGCCGACGGAGGAAGAGAUGCAGAACGGGGCCAACGGACAGGACGAAAGCAUCCCCGAUGCGAAGAUCGGUACCACGCCCAAGCGAGUGCGCAAGAUCCCCAAGGGAAUGAGCGAGUACCAGGCGGCGUGGAUCAUGGACGAGAGCGACGAGGAUGGUGAAGAUGGCGAGGGCGACGACGGCGAAGGCGACACCGGAGAGGUCGAGAUGGACGACGCCGAGGAAGAAGAGAUGGUCGAGCUCCCGAAUGAAGUUGACACUGAGAUGGGAACCGAUGGACGGCGCGUCGCGUUCCAAGACUUGGAUGCCGACGAGGAAGAACGACAACUGCAGUCGUGGCGGAAUCGGAAACGAGAGGAGGAAGACGAUGCUGCUUUCCCCGACGAGAUCGAUACCCCGAUAGACGUUGCCGCACGGACGCGGUUCCAGCGGUUCCGCGGUCUGCGUUCAUUCCGGACGAGUCCGUGGGAUCCAUAUGAGAACCUGCCCAGGGACUAUGCACGCAUUUUCCAGUUUGAAGACUUCAAGCGCACGGAGCGUGCGGUGAAGCGGCGGGCGGAGGAGGAUGCCGGCGUUGAGGCGGGAACACGUGUCACCAUCUUCAUCAACGAUGUGCCGAAGGAGGCCGCGCGGAUAGUUCCCGGGCGGCCUUUCGUGGCGUUCAGCCUUCUGCAGCACGAGCACAAAAAGACCGUUCUCAACUUCGCUGUCCAGCGGAAUACUGAGUACGACGGGACCGUGCGCUCGAAGGAUCCUCUCAUCCUCUGUCUCGGCCCACGGAGGCUGCGCGUCAACCCCAUCUACAGCCAACACCUGCGCGGUGGGGGCAAGGGCGCGAACAAUGCGCACAAGUUCGAGCGGUACUUGCGUCAUGGAGUCACCGAUGUCGCCACAAUCUACGGGCCCGUGGUAUAUGGCAAGCAGCCGUGCACGCUCCUGCGCGAGACCGAUGACCCACAAGCACCAGAGCUAGUCGCGAUGGGCAGCUUCUUGAGCCCGGACACGACGCGCAUCGUCGCGAAGCGCCUCGUUCUCACUGGCCAUCCGUACAAGAUCCACAAAAAGACGGCGACGAUUCGCUACAUGUUCUUCAAUCGCGACGACGUGGAGUACUUCAAGCCGAUCCAGCUGCACACGAAGUAUGGCCGGACGGGGCACAUCAAGGAGCCGCUCGGCACGCACGGGUACUUCAAGGCGCACUUCGACGGGCCAAUCAGCCAGAUGGACACCGUGUGCAUGGCGUUGUACAAGCGCGUGUACCCGAAGUGGAGCGAGGACUGGAAGGAGGGGGAGCCUGCGCCCGCCGCGAACGGCAAGGGCGACGGCGAUGCGAUGGAAGAGUAAGAAAUGUCGUGUUGUAUGUUUGGAUAUCUUGUUGUACCGAGUCUUCCGCCUGCCGCUGGUCCACGAAUC